AUGUUUCUAAUAAAGACAUUGAUUUUUAUAAUUUCUGGAAUACUAUGCCAGACAGCUUCCUAUUUGAAUCUUUCCAUCCUAAUUGCAAUCUUCUACACGAAAAAAGUACCAGCUAAGCCGGAUCUGGUUCUUUUUUACAGUAGACUGAUUAUUGACACGGCUUAUCCGUUUUGUGCAUCUUUCAACAAAUUCUAUUAUUUUCUUCAUCUAUUCACCGAGAAGCUUGUAAUUCGAAACGCCACAUUCUUCAUGCUUUGGCCUAUAAUUCCACUUGGAAUUGUUCGAUCAAUCCUUAUGCUUUCAAUAAAUAUCGACAGACUUGGAGCAUUGUAUUUUCCGAUUUUCUAUUUCAAAUAUCAUCGGAAAUUUCCCAUUUCCAUCAUAGUGAUUCUCACAUUAACAUACAUAUUAGUUGAUCAAUAUGUAACGUUUGAAUAUUGCAACUAUAUAAUAUCAGUUCCUUUGGAUUGCUUUGAUUUCCAAUGUGCCGUCAAUCAGUGUGUAUUCGAACAUUGGUUUUAUCGUGAUCAAGUGAUGUAUUUUUCAAACGGAUUUUUGUCGAUUUUGCUUUGUUUCCGCCUGUACAUUUGGAAUACCUUCAAAAAGGCAGCCAGUAGUCAUGCACUUUCUAGAGCGACACGAAUUGCUGUUCUGGACUCAAUCGUAAUUCUCUGCUUCCAUAUAAUUCCGCUUCUAGUCUUUCGAUAUUUUCCCACUGUGAACUACUAUAAUUUCGGCCCAUGGACGGCAGUUUUCAAACAUUCCGGAUUCACAGUUGAAGCAAUAAUUCUUCGAAAACUUUUGUUCCGGGAGAAAAAAGUUAUAUGCAUAAGAAUUGCACCACAUUUCUAG